GGUCACCCGGGCAGCGCGGGGCGCAGGUGGAGGUCAGGCGAGCCGCGUGGGUGCCAGCCUCUCCCAGUCCUGCGCGGCCCACAAGGUUUCGCCAUGGCGGCGGCAGCGUCCCUGGCGGACCAGACGCAGGUGUCUGUGACAUUUGAUGAUGUGGCCGUGACUUUCACCCAGGAGGAGUGGGGACAACUGAACCCAGCUCAGCGGACCCUGUACCGGGAGGUGAUGCUGGAAAACUGCGGGCUCCUGGUCUCUCUGGGGUGUCCUGUUCCCAGACCUGAGCUGAUCUACCACCUGGAACAUGGGCAGGAGAUAUGGACAGUGAAGAAAGACCUUUCCCAAAGCAUCUGUCCAGGUGACAAAGGAAAACCCAAGAACACAGAACCUACCACUUGUGACCCAGCCUUGUCCAAGGGAGUCUCACUCCAGGGACAGCUAACACAAGGAUCCUCAAGGGACCCCCAGUGGGGGCAAGCCAAGGAUCAGGAUGAGCCAUCUGACAUGCAGGGACACUUGAGACCAGGGUUAGGUCCCCAGAAGGAAAAGUUUCCUGGGAAAAGGAGCCCUGAACAUGGUGGUUUAGGGACAGCUGAGGAUGUGUUUUCAAGUGUUAUACAGGAGCAGGUCUCUUCAGAAGAUAUAGUCCAUAGCCAUAACUCACGUGGAUCAGGUCAAGAUCCCAUGAUUCAGGAAGAGGAAAAUAUCUUCAAGUGCAAUGAGUGUGGGAAAGUUUUUAACAAAAAACACCUCCUCUCAGGACAUGAGAAAAUUCACUCUGGAGUUAAGCCCUAUGAAUGCACAGAGUGUGGGAAAACCUUUAUUAAGAGCACACAUCUCCUUCAACACCACAUGAUUCACACUGGGGAGAGGCCCUAUGAGUGUGCGGAGUGUGGGAAAGCCUUUAACCGCAAGUCGUACCUUACACAGCACCAGCGGAUUCACAGUGGAGAGAAGCCUUAUAAGUGCAAUGAAUGUGGAAAGGCCUUCACCCACCGCUCCAAUUUUGUCUUGCAUAAUAGGAGACACACUGGAGAAAAAUCCUUUGUGUGCACAGAAUGUGGGCAAGUGUUUCGACAUAGGCCAGGUUUCCUUCGACACUAUGUCGUUCAUGGUGGGGAGAAUCCCUAUGAAUGCUUGGAGUGUGGCAAGGUCUUCAAACACAGGUCAUACCUCAUGUGGCACCAACAGACUCACACAGGGGAGAAGCCCUAUGAAUGCAGUGAAUGUGGGAAAGUCUUCUUAGAGAGUGCAGCCCUGAUUCACCACUACGUCAUCCACACCGGGGAGAAGCCCUUUGAGUGCCUUGAGUGUGGGAAGGCCUUCAACCACAGGUCAUACCUCAAGAGGCACCAGCGGAUUCAUACUGGGGAGAAGCCUUUUGUGUGCAGUGAAUGUGGUAAGGCCUUCACUCACUGCUCUACUUUUAUCCUGCAUAAAAGGGCUCAUACUGGAGAAAAACCUUUUCAGUGCAAAGAAUGUGGGAAAGCCUUUAGCAAUCGGAAAGACCUAAUUCGACACUUCAGCAUCCACACUGGAGAGAAGCCCUAUGAGUGUGUGGAGUGUGGGAAGGCCUUCACACGCAUGUCAGGUCUCACAAGGCACAAACGGAUUCAUAGCGGAGAGAAGCCUUAUGAAUGUGUUGAGUGUGGGAAAUCCUUUUGCUGGAGCACAAACCUCAUUCGACAUGCCAUUAUCCACACUGGAGAGAAGCCCUAUAAAUGCAGUGAAUGUGGAAAGGCCUUCAGUCGCAGCUCAUCGCUCACUCAGCAUCAAAGGAUGCAUACUGGGAGAAACCCUAUUAGUGUAACAGAUGUGGGAAGACCUUUCUCAAGUGGGCAAACUUCAGUUACCCUUCGAGAACUCCUUUUGGGGAAAGAUUUUUUGAAUGUAACCACUGAGGAAAAUCUUUUGCCAGAGAAAACAUCUUCGACAUCUGAUCCUCCAUACCAAAGAGAAACCCCACAAGUGUCUUCACUGUGAGAAAACCUGUUGCUGCAUAUUACUUGUCAUCUAAAGAGUCAUAUUAGAAAUUGACUCAGGGCCAGCCUGUGGCUCACUUGGGAGAGUGUGGUGCUGAUAACACCCAGGCCACAGGUU